AAACUGAGUGUUGUUAGAUUAUUAAGAGAUGUUAUUGUCUGUCAGUUGUUUUGGCUUUUUUGGCUUUAUUUGUCUUAGGCUGUUGGGCCGAAUCUUAUUCAAGUUCAAGAAAGAAGCCGUAACCUCAUUGUGCGACCCUACAGAUGGUUACUGGGAAAUACAAGAGGGUAAACAGGACAACAACUUCACCUGCACGGGUCUGUCACUACAGUCUACAUUGCAGUGGUUCUUCAAGGACCCUUCUUUGCCUAAUGGUUUCACUCAAGUUGGCUCAUGUCCACCUCUUUUAUCAAAUGGCUCUCAACCCGUUUGUGACAUGAAGAUAAAUCCUAGUUUUAAACCCAGCAGAAUCUCCAGUGACACAAGUGUAAUGGUCGUGAACACUACUGCAACAACAACCACAGUGCUGUUUGAAUUCGAACGCCUCAUCUGUAGUGAGCUUGAGUCACCUGACACUAGUGCUGGAUGUCGCUUGGACUACAUAUAUUCAAGUGACAAUGUAACAUGUACAGUUCAAUUCAGAAAUGAAACAUGGACUGUGUUUGGGCAGUGUGAGGUUAAAAAAACACGUUCAACACGGGGCAGGUACAGGUGUGAGUGGAUGAUGACAAAACAGUCAUCAAUCCUUAUCGCCAACGUUUCCAUGACAGUCGUUUCUUCUGUCGGGAAAUACUUCAACGGAUCGUGUAACUUCACCAGUUACCUGCCACCUGAUGGUCAGUACACGUAUCGUGUGACUGUUGUUCCUGGUGAAGUGACAGUCAAUGCAACAUUUAUUGGAAACAAUACAAUACGUCGUCCAUCCAGCACACCUGUACACAACUGUCCACAGUAUGUAUAUGAAGGCAGUAACCUCACCUGUACCUGUUCUGUCAGUGACCUGGACAGCCCUACCGGUGCACUGCAAUGGAAUUCUUCUCAGUCAACACAACUGCGUCUUGCAGGCCUACAGGCGGGGUAUUCUGAGACACAUGUGUGUCAGCUGUUGUGGAACAACACAGUUGUGCAGUCAGUGGAAUACAAGGUAAAUGUUGCAUUCGGGCCAAAUAAUGUUACAGCAGCAGUGAUUGACCCCCAGCCAUUUGAUACAAAUGGAUUACAGAGUAUAAACAUCACCUGUUCAGUGUCUGGGUCAAACCCACCUGCUAGCAUCACCUGGGUCAGAUCACGUGACCAAAGUGUUGUGUGUAGCAGUCCGCUGUGUGUUUUCACUCCCAAACCUCCAGAUGAUGAUGGGGUCAGUCUGGAAUGUCGAGCAAGGAAUUCUAUCACAAACAAAACAAGUUCAAACAGUGUGACAGUCACACUUAAUUAUCCCCCCACCAUAUCCCCGGCGAUCACAGCAAAUCCAGAACUACCCAACACCCAGCCUGUCUAUCAGGGGGACAACAUGACACUCAGGUGCACUGUCAGUGGAGGUAAACCUGUCAAUGCCACUGUCAUAAUGUUUACCUGUCCCGGCAAGACUGACACGUCUGUGGUCAACAUUGGCACAUCCAACAUCACCAGCAGCUUGAUGUUCCUUCCUGUCAUUUCUGACAAUCUUGGACCUUGUGUUUGUUCUGCCAGGUGGAAAAAGACUGACUGGUACAAUCAGACAGUCAGUUGGAGCAUCAUUGUUUACACUCCUCCGUCUAUUCCGGUGAUUAUCCCACUCGGUGACACAACAGGAAGACCUGUGUAUCCUUUCAUGGCGGGUACCUCGGGUAUCUUGAGAUGUCAGAGCAAUCAGACAGGUCGACCGGAAGCCACCUACACGUGGCCUGUUGCUGCUUUUGGUCAGACCUCAGGGAGUAACUUGACUUUCUACAGACUGACGAGAGAAGAUAACGGGAGAACAGUGAAGUGCAGGGCCAGCAACAACUACACAGAAAACAGGCUGCCUGUUGAUGAUGCUACUUUUGCACUACAGGUUUACUAUGAGCCUGUAGUCAGCUUCAUCCAAUUUCCUGAUGGAAAUGAUUGUAUACAGGGUUCUAGUGUGUCUGGCUACAAACAGUGUGUUGUUGCUGAGGGUCAGAGGGUUCACAUCAACUGUAUGGCUGACAGCAAUCCACCUCCGUCAUCAUUCAGGUGGAUGACUCAUGGGGAUGUCUUCUCCAACACCAGUGAGCUGAUGAUCACAUCUGCUAACUACACCAUCCACAACGGUGACUACAGCUGUACGGUGGCCACAAAACAGGAAAACAUGGACAGCCGCCUGCCUUUAACAUCAUCUGCUGUACUGACUGUCAUUGUUGGUUAUCCUCCCAAUGUUUUGAACUUUAAAAUAAACAACGUGGACAAUAUGGCUGUAAAUGUUCAGGAAAAAUCCAAUGUGGAAAUGAAGUGUCUUUGUAAUGGCAGCCCGUCUCCAAGCAUUCGACUUAUAAAUGCAACGGGACCUGAACAACUUCUAAACCAGAGUAUAAGCGUGUCCGCUGAUGAACAUCAAAGGGAGGUCAGCUUCAGGAUAGAGCAAGUUCCCUGUGAGGCCUCAGGUGUCUACAGAUGUGAUGCCAACAACAGUCUUGGACAGGACAGUCAGAGUCGCACGUUACUUGUGUAUUGUGGUCCCAGAAAUGCUGAUUUUGAUGGAAGUCCCCCAACAGUCGUUUCAAUAAAUAGUAAGGACAUUUCAGUUUUAAAUUGACUGCUUACCCACACCAGUG